CUGCCAAUAACAUACCUAUCUUAAAAUAGUAUCUAUAGACACGGUAUAUUACAAUACUUUUUAAAAGUUUAAACAAAACAAAUGGAACGUAUUGAACGUAGUUGUAAAGAAUUUUUUCCAUUUCUGGGCUAUUGUUCACAUUUUUCCCUUUAUUACUAGGGUUCACUGUAUGUAUGAAUAGUUAGGCGUAGCUUUUGUUUGAUCAGUUGGUGGCUUUUUAAAGUCGAUACUUCAAUUUGACUUUAUAUCUCAUUUGGAACUCUGUCAUCAAAGUGUAAAGUGUGUUAAAAAUGAUAAGGUCUAAUCCUAAACUGCCAUGUUUCACCAGCAAGGUGCCGCCCAGCCAAGUGAUUCUGACCAUUUUCCUGUGUUUAGCCGUAUUUUACGGCCUGGCUAAGCUCGUCGCCAUUCCGCUGCGCAUCGAUGACUUCGACAGCUUCAGACCAAUUCGCACCGAGGAUGUGCAGUCACCAGGUCAAGGAUUUGGAAAAUCUGAGAUAGACCCCUGAGCCCAGCCAAUCAUCAAUUGCAAACUGGGAAUGCAAUGCCAGGUUGUGUGGGUGGCACAUCAGAGACCAACCAGUAUGUUUGCCCGACUUGCUUGGCGCUUUGCAAUGGCAAUUGCAAUGAAAAUUGCAAUUGUAAUUGCAAAUUAAUUAAAUUUAAGCAUGAACAACAUGUCAGACCGCCAGCGCCGCUCCAAUCUAAUGUACGAUAGCAAUUAAACGCAAUUUAACCGCGUAUUUGCUUAUCAUUGUAGUCUACCGAGCAGAUUCGAAAACUUUUGUGAUGCCCGAUUUGCGUGGAGUGAAUAACAAACAAAAGUUUGCCGAAUCGUUGCAAAUAUUGUAUUUACAAAUGUUCUAAUAUUAGAUCCAUUGCCGAUCCAAAACUAUUCCCAUGCACUGCAGCGGCCAAUUGAAAAAUUACUAGGCGAGCAAAAAAGAAAAUUAUAUAAUCACAUGUUGUUCGGUAGCACGAAUAUGAACGUGUAUAUAAUUCAUCCUGUCUGGCAAUUCUAUUUCAGUGAUCUAUUUGAUAUCCAUGGUGAUUAGCCUUAUUCGGGCAAUUACGUAUUUGAGUUGUUAUCUUUGAAAGUUCGGGGUUUGUGGCGUACUCAGAUAAAGCCAAAGAUAAUAAAACAUUAUAACACCAGUUUGUCUCGUCAAAAAGAUAAACAAUACAGUAAGGACUGGCACAAUGAUAUCGGCAGCUGUUUAUCAAAGUGGAACUAGACUGCGGAAUUGUUAUCAGGAGCAAAAAGAAACAUGACAUUCGCUUUUAAAACUCAGUUUCUUUGUUUAUCGAGUUGUAGUACAAUACAGCAUAUAAAAAUGGAAAUAUUAAUAUGAUUCAUAUAACGAACGAACGAGCGAGUUAAAUCAGAAAUAAGAAAACUGAUUAUGCCAUUAGUUCAACUUUAAAGAAUUCCAUUCCUUAACAUUUUUUAUAAGAGUUCGCAAGUAACUUUUAUUUUCUGUCCCAAUUAACAAUAUCUAUUACUCUGUUGUUCAAACGACAUCGACAAAAGCAAUGUAUAAGAAGAAAAGUCGGAAUGUGAGUUCUUAAUUAAAUAUUGAUUAAAAGGCUUUGCUGAUAGAUAAUUGAUUGCUGAUUAAUGAAUAGGUAUAGCUCCAUUCACCUAAAUCUUACUUAAAAAUGGCACCUUUUGAGGGCCAUUGAACAAUAUUCUAUAGUAUAGCCCGCGGGGCAUGGCACAGCUGGUUUAAGGUUACUGGGUUAGUCUAUUCAAAUUCAGAUUUUUGGCUUUACGAAUUAACACACAUUUAAGUUCAAAUACAUCCAAUAUAAGCAUAAUGCAUUAACCAACUA